AUGCAAGUGAGCUUGACCACAGAAGUUCUACAAACCUGUUUGGAAGCCGGAGCCGACACCGACAAGGAUGGCAAUAUAGAUCGUGACGAGUUCCGAGGCUGGAUUCUCCAAUCCCUUCAGAACGAGUUACGUUUCCAAACUUGUGCCAAAGGGCACCCCAUUCCUUUGCGGCCAUACCAUCCAAACCUGGACACAUUGUGA